AUGCUUGCGACGUGGGCGCUCCACGGUCAAUCGUUCAUCUAUUUAGUCGCCAGAUACUACCUUCCUCAGAACAGAAAAUUUAAGAGACCCGGUUACGAUUCGCCCAAAAGCGGCGAAAAUAUCCAAAAAGAAAAAAGAGAAUUACUCCGAGAAAAUUCCUCCGAAAAGGCAGAAUCGUCGACGAAAGAAAUGGAUCACGCGUUGAUGCCGCCGCAGCUGGCCAGUUUGGCCCCGCAUCAGAAGCUUCAGCCAAAAGUCGACUCUGAUAUCGACGAAAAGAUUUGCGUUGUUUGCGAAGAUUUCGCAACAGGCUACCACUUCAACGCCAUGACUUGUGAAGGUUGCAAGGGCUUUUUCCGGCGCACGAAUUGCGCUGUAACUCGCCAGAAUCGACGCCAGUGCCAGGCCUGCAGAUUCCAAAAAUGCUUGACAAAAGGGAUGAAACGAGACUGUAUUCUUUCGGAUUUGGAGCUCAACAAAAAGCGCAAAAUCAUCCAAAAGAAUCGAAUAAAACGAAUUCUCAACGAAAAUCCUGACAUCCCACAAGUCGAGCAAGAAAAAAUCAGCAAGGUCGUGGCUGCGUACGACCUGGUUCAAAAGCAGUGCGCGGGAAGCCAGAGCUUUCGGAAUUGCGAAGACAUGCCCAACUGGCAGCGAACUGGGUUCAGAAGCGAUGUCCACAACAUGAUUUACUCGAUCGAGAAGCGACUUUUAGGCCUUCACGUGGUGCGAAUCGAGGACCCGAGAACCGGCGAGAACGAAAGCAUCACGAUCAACAUCAAUUAUUUGAAACACAUGUCGGACGUGAUGAACUCGGGACUGCUCCAGCUGAUCAACUUUUCAAAGCAGAUUCCGGAGUUCGCCCAGCUCGAGCAAAACGACCAAGUCGAGCUUAUCAGAGCUGGAACUCGCGAAAUCGUCAUUUUACAGGCUGCGACGUAUUUCGACCUGCAAAAACGAGCGUUUGUAAAUUACGAUUCGCAAAUGGAAUACACUUUCGACAUUCUCCUCGAUAUCGGGCUCAAAGAGCUUUUCAUCGAGCGACUUUCCGACUUCCUGGUGAAAUUUACGCAAAUCGAUCUUUCGAAAGAAGAGUUUCUUUUGACGCUUAUUCUGGUUCUGUUUUCUCCGGAUCGGGCUGGGCUCCAGAACCCGACGCUGAUCGGAACGAUUCAAGACUCCUAUGCCGAGCUUCUAGAGCGGCUGAUGAUAUCGCCGCGGACCAAGGCGAAAUACGGAAAGAACAGAUUCUCGGACAUAAUUUCGCUGCAAUUGAGUCUCCGCUUCUUGUCGUUUAUGACACUGCCACUCGGAAAAGCAUUUCAUGACCAGUUGGCGAGCGAUGUCUUGCCCCCACUAUUGAAAGAAAUGCUUGCCUAA